GCGUUCGCUUGCCCCGGAUGUGUUCGUGCGCUCUGUUUCUGCAGAGAAGGAGGAGGAUAUGCCUCUGCCCGUGCAGGUCUUUAACUUUCAGGGGUCUGUGGAGCCCAUGCAGAUAGAUGCUGACCCUCAGGAAGACCAGCAGAAUGCACCUGACACCAAUUAUGUUGUGGAAAAUCCCACCCUGGACCUGGAGCAGUACGCCUCAAGCUACAGCGGCCUGAUGAGGAUUGAGCGGCUGCAGUUUAUCGCAGACCACUGCCCUCAGCUGCGGGUGGAAGCCCUGAAGAUGGCCUUGUCUUUUGUCCAAAGAACCUUUAAUGUUGAUGUGUAUGAAGAGAUCCAUCGCAAGCUUACCGAGGCCACAAGGCAAGAGCAGCUCGUGGAAAUGCAGGGGGUCCCAGAUGCCGUUCCAGAGGGGGCUGUAGAGCCCCCUCCCCUUGACACAGCGUGGGCAGAGUCGACCAGAAAAAAAGCUCUGCUCAAACUGGAGAAGCUGGACACAGACUUAAAGAAUUACAAGGGAAACUCCAUCAAAGAAAGCAUCAGGAGGGGCCAUGAUGACCUUGGAGAUCACUACCUGGACUGUGGUGACCUCAGCAAUGCUCUGAAGUGCUACUCCCGAGCCAGAGACUAUUGCACUAGCGCCAAGCAUGUUAUCAACAUGUGUCUUAAUGUAAUCAAGGUUAGUGUUUACCUUCAAAACUGGUCCCAUGUACUUAGCUAUGUGAGCAAGGCUGAAUCCACUCCAGAGAUAGCAGAGCAACGAGGGGAGAGAGAUAGUCAAAACCAAGCCGUUCUCACCAAACUAAAAUGUGCUGCAGGGCUAGCAGAGCUUGCUUCAAGGAAGUAUAAACCCGCUGCCAAGUGUUUCCUGCAGGCGUCUUUUGACCACUGCGACUUCCCCGAGCUACUCUCCCCUAGUAACGUAGCGGUUUACGGGGGGCUCUGUGCUCUGGCAACAUUUGAUAGACAAGAGCUCCAGCGUAACGUCAUUUCCAGCAGCUCAUUUAAAUUAUUUUUAGAGUUGGAACCCCAAGUCCGUGAUAUUAUCUUCAAGUUUUAUGAGUCAAAGUAUGCGUCUUGUCUGAAAAUGCUGGACGAAAUGAAGGAUAAUCUCCUGCUAGACAUGUACCUGGCUCCCCAUGUAAGAACACUGUACACACAGAUCAGGAACAGAGCCCUCAUACAGUACUUCAGUCCCUACGUGUCCGCAGACAUGAACAAGAUGGCCGUGGCCUUCAACACCACAGUGGCAGCCCUGGAGGACGAGCUCACACAGCUGAUCCUGGAGGGUCUGAUCAACGCCCGCAUCGACUCCCACAGCAAGAUCCUGUACGCGCGUGACGUUGAUCAGAGGAGCACGACUUUUGAGAAGUCUCUUCAGAUGGGGAAGGAAUUCCAAAGGCGAGCCAAAGCCAUGAUCCUGAGGGCGGCCGUGCUGCGUAACCAGAUACAUGUCAAGAUCACUGAGCUCUGCUCCUCCCUCCCCAGUCUCCUCCCAGAGAAGGCAGCCAAGGGGAGCUCACACCUGCAAACAGCCAAACACGAAUGAGCACCAACAUGUAACUUCUGAACCGGACGGCUCUCGUAGGGCAGUAUACGGAGCGGUGGCUGCAUCGGCACCAUGGCCCUCCAUUAGAGCUCAGUUCUGUUUCCCUGCUGAAGAAAGAAAGGAAAAAUUACAAUCUAAAGACUUUAUUUAAGUUGGGAAGAAGAUAUUUGUUGUCUGUACUAAAGACAAGCACACCCUGUUGCUCAAAAAAAAAAAAAAAAUUAAAAAAAAUUAAAAAAAGGGGGGUGGGGGAGGGUGGGAAGUGAAGCAGCACAUGUGCUGUACUGGCCUGUUGUUGUUUGUAAGAGAUGCACUUUCCUCUGUAUCUUGUGACAAACCUUGAUUAUUCAAUGAAAAACCUCAUCACAGAAACAUGCUUUUAAAAUAAAUAUACAUCGGAAAAGAUGCUCCCAAA